GCUCACUGUACAGUGUGACUUGAUCUGAGCUCACCAGGAAAUCCAGAGAAGAAGGAUGAAUUCUGAAGAUUGUUCUAUAACAGAGAAUAGCUCUUCACAUCUGGAGAGAGGACAAAAAAAUAAUGCAACCAGCUCCCAUUUUGGAACACAUCAUGAAGGGUCUCUUCAAGUUCCCAUCCCAUGUGCUGUAUUGAAUGUGGUCUUCAUCACCAUUUUAAUCAUAAUUCCCAUUGCCUUAUCAGUUGGCCAAUACAAUUGUCCAGGUCAUUAUAACAGCCAUGUUUCUUCAUGCUCAGAUGAGUGGGUUUUAUACCAAAGGAAAUGCUACUUUAUUUCCAGCUCAACAAAAAAUUGGACUGAGGCCCAACACUCUUGUUCUGAAGAUGGUUCUACUCUUGCUGUCAUUGAUUCUGAAAAAGACAUGGUCUUUCUAAAACGAUAUGCUGGUGGAACUGAACACUGGAUUGGGCUGAAAAAUGAAGUUGGUCAGACAUGGAAAUGGUCAAAUGGCAAAAAAUUUGAUAACUGGUUCAACCUCACAGGGUCUGAGAAGUGUGCAUUUCUGAACAGCAUGGAUGUUGGUAAUGCAGCAUGUGAGAAGAAUUUACCUUGGAUCUGUAGCAAACCCUCCAGAUAAUGAGGACAUGUAUUUAUAAGGAAAGCUGUAUCAAUGGAUGCUGCUCUGUGGUUAACAUUUUCCAUAAAGAGUUCAUAAACAAACUCUGUGUUAUCUUGGAAAUCCUCUUCUAAACAUGACUGUGGGACAGAAAUUCCAGGAAAAUCUGCAUUGUGGGUUCUCUUUCUGCAACGAGAUGAAAACUCAUUGACUGACGGAUCACGUCCAAGAAUAAGAAGAGUGACUAUAACCUCUUUCAGAAGCACUUUAUAUAAUUUUUAAAUCCAGAAAUAGAACAACUAAACUUAGAGUUGUUAUUUAUUGUUGAACACUACCAUCAGUGAGUGCCCUUCAUGUGUUUUCACUAGUGGAAGGAAUGAAAUGAUGGUAGGCAAAAGUGAAUGUAAAUAAAGGGAAUUUUGACAAGUAACAUGGAUAUUCAGUUUAAGUGGAUUUCUUAAACUCUGAAGGCAUUUUAAGUAGACAAAUGUUUUGA